AUGUCUAACCCUUUCGACGACAUAUUGGCCCCGCAGCCGCAGAAGGCUCGGACAAGCAACGACCCCUUCGGCGACUCGGAACCCGAUCUCCUCGGCAUCGGCAGUUCAUCGCAGGGGGCAACUCCCAGUGGCAAGUCCAGAGAUGACAAGCCAGGCUAUGCGCUCGACCCUGACGACGACUUUGGCCAACCAAUGCAGGGUGGCUCGGGAGGUUACAUGCCUUCGACGUCCAACCUGAGUGUCAACAACCCGGGCUUUGGCGCCUCCCAACCCUCACUCUUCGACGCUGACCGACCAUUCGCUCAGGCUGGCGCAUCACCAGCUGGCUGGAGCGGAGGCGGUCCUUCGUCUUCUGAAAACAAGUCGUAUGCCGGAGGAUCAAGUUCCAAAGGCUAUCCUCAAGCCGAUGACCCGUUUGCCGACGAUGAAGGAAUCAGUGCCUACCAGUUCACAGCGCCGAUGGACGGUCCCUAUGCUGCUCGGCAUAAGCGAGGGCGAUGGCAACGCAUCAAGGAGGACUACCUCACCGAUGUCGACUGGACAUUCGGCUUGAACAAGAUGCUCGGUCGCAAGAACAAGUUCGAAGGAGCCCCGAGAGAGAUCAUGAUCAACGACCCUCAAGGAAACAAGGUCAAGGGCUUCGAGAACAACUCGGUCAGCACUGCCAAGUACGGCCCCAUCACCUUCCUCCCGAAAUUCCUGUUCUCCGAGUUCUCGCGAUCGGCAAACUUGUUCUUCCUAUUCACUGCGUGUAUCCAGCAAGUCCCGAACGUGUCCCCGACAGGCCGUUACACCACUAUCGUUCCUCUCGCAGUCGUGAUCAUUGCGUCCGGAUUCAAGGAGAUCAAGGAAGACUACAAGCGUCAUACUUCGGACCGUGCUCUCAAUAAUACGCCAGCACAGGUCCUCAUCGAGGGCCAGUUCCACACCCGCCCAUGGAGAAGGCUGCGCGUGGGAGACAUCGUUCGUUUGGAGCAAGACUGCUUCAUCCCUGCGGACAUGGUGCUUCUGAGCUCUUCUGAGCCGGAAGGUCUCGCCUACGUUGAGACCGCGAACCUGGACGGAGAGACCAACCUCAAGAUCAAGCAGGCGAGCCCUGACACGGCUACUAUUCAGAACCCUCAAUCGGCAGCCAUGUUGCGUGGGCACGUCCUCUCUGAGGCGCCCAACUCGUCGCUGUACACGUACGAUGGCACUAUCUACCUGAACUCCCCGGAGCCCGGAGCUGCGCCUCACAAGAUCCCUGUCGGCCCGAAUCAGAUUCUGCUGCGUGGCGCGCAACUGCGUAACACGGGAUGGGUCUACGGCAUCAUUGUUAACGCCGGUCACCAGACGAAGCUCAUGCGCAAUGCCACGGAGCCGCCAGUCAAGCGCACUGCUGUCGAGAGACAGGUGAACCGCCAAAUCUUCUUCCUCUUCAUCCUCCUGCUUGUUCUUUCGCUGAUCUCUACGAUUGGAAACUCGAUCCGAACAUGGUUCUUCUCCGCCCAGGACUGGUACCUCUACGUGGACCCGGCAAACAUGCCGAAUAAGGCGCGCCAGUUUGUGGAGAACAUUCUGACCUUUAUCAUUCUGUACAACAACUUGAUUCCGAUCUCGCUCAUCAUGACGAUGGAAGUUGUCAAGUACCAACAAGCUCAGUUCAUCAAUUCGGACCUCGACAUGUACUACGCCAAGACCGACACCCCGGCCGCCUGUCGCACAUCGUCGCUCGUGGAGGAGCUCGGCCAGAUCUCAUACAUCUUCUCGGAUAAGACUGGCACCCUCACCUGCAACGAGAUGGAGUUCAGGGAAUGCUCGAUCUACGGAACGAUGUACGCCCAGGAAGUGGACGACAACAAGAAGGAGCAGGGGCAGAAGAGCUUUGAUGUUCUCCGCCAGCGCGCCCUUGAAGACAACGAGGAGGGACGAACUAUUCGAGAGUUCCUUUCGCUGCUCGCUGUCUGUCACACUGUCAUUCCGGAAGUCAAGGACGGCAAGACGGUUUACCAGGCUUCGUCGCCCGACGAGGCUGCCCUCGUUUCCGGCGCAGAGCUUCUCGGCUACCGCUUCCACACCCGCAAGCCCAAGUCAAUCUUCAUUGACGUCAACGGACAGACCGAGGAGUGGCAGAUCCUGAACGUGUGCGAGUUCAACUCGUCCAGGAAGCGCAUGUCAGUCGUUGUUCGCAGCCCUGACGGACGCAUUAAGCUGUUCACGAAGGGAGCCGACACUGUCAUCCUCGAGCGCCUCGGCGAGAAGAACAAGGAGUUCACCGAGUCGACCCUUGUUCAUCUCGAGGAUUAUGCCACCGAGGGUCUCCGAACGCUGUGUCUCGCAUACCGUGACAUCCCCGAGGAGGAAUACCGCGAGUGGGCCGCGCUCUACGACAAUGCUGCCGCUCAGAUGACCAACCGUGGCGAGCAGCUCGACAAGGUUGCCGAAAUCAUCGAGCAGAACCUGAACCUCCUUGGUGCGACGGCUAUCGAGGACCGCCUGCAGGACGGCGUUCCCGACACGAUCCACACGCUGCAGCAGGCCGGCAUCAAGAUCUGGAUUUUGACUGGUGACCGCCAGGAGACUGCCAUCAACAUUGGUCUGUCGUGUCGCUUGAUCUCCGAGUCGAUGAACCUUGUCAUCAUCAACACGGAGACGCAGGCGGAGACCCACGAGCUCCUCACCAAGCGUCUGUUUGCUAUCAAGAACCAGCGCAUGGGUGGCGACACCGAGGAACUCGCUCUCAUCAUUGACGGCCGCAGUCUCGCCUUUGCCCUGGACAAAGAGUGCUCCGACAUUCUGCUCGAGCUCGCCGUCAUGUGCAAGGCUGUUAUCUGUUGUCGUGUCUCGCCGCUGCAGAAGGCUCUCGUUGUCAAGCUCGUAAAAAAGGCUACGACUGCCCCUCUGCUCGCCAUUGGUGACGGCGCCAACGACGUGUCCAUGAUCCAGGCUGCGCACAUCGGUGUCGGUAUCUCUGGUGUCGAGGGUCUGCAGGCUGCGCGCUCUGCCGAUGUCUCCAUCUCGCAGUUCCGCUACCUGCGCAAGCUGCUGCUCGUGCACGGCUCCUGGAGUUACCAGCGCCUGUCGAAGUUGAUUCUGUUCUCGUUCUACAAGAACAUCACGUUCGCCCUGUGUCUGUUCUGGUACUCGUGGUUCAACGACUUCAGUGGACAGAUCUCGUUUGAAGGCUGGUCCAUGUCGUACUACAACGUCAUCUUCACUAUUCUGCCGCCGCUUGUCAUUGGUAUCUUCGACCAGUUUGUCUCGGCGCGCAUGCUUGACCGCUACCCGCAGCUGUACCACCUGGGACAGUCGAACCACUUCUUCACGCCUGCGAUCUUCUUCCAGUGGGUUGGCAACGCGAUUUACCACUCGGUUAUCCUGUUCGCGUUCAGCUGCUUUGUGUUCUGGGCGGACCUCAUCGCGUGGGAUGGCAAGAACUCUGGUCUCUGGGUCUGGGGUACGACAUUGUACCUUGCUGUCCUGCUCACGGUUCUCGGCAAGGCUGCGCUCAUCUCGGACAUUUGGACAAAGUACACGCUCGCCGCGAUCCCUGGUUCGUUCGUGUUCACGAUGAUCGCGCUUCCGCUGUACGCCUUCGUCGCGCCGCUGAUCGGCUUCUCGCUGCCGUACAAGAACAUCGUGCACCGUCUGUGGUCUGAGGCGACGUUCUACUUUGUGCUCAUUCUGUUCCCCGUCGUGUGCCUGCUGCGCGACUACUGCUGGAAGUACUACAAGCGCACGUACCACCCGGCCGACUACCAGAUUGUGCAGGAGAUCCAAAAGUUCAACCUGUCCGACUACCGCCCGCGCCAGGAGCAGUUCCAGAAGGCGAUCAAGAAGGUGCGCGCGACGCAGCGCAUGCGCCGCCAGCGCGGCUUCGCCUUCUCCCAGACCGAGCAGAGCGGCACGCAGGAGCAGACGCGCCUCAUCCGCGCCUACGACACGAGUGUCGCGAGGCCCUCGGGUCUGUAA